AUGGAAAAUAUAUCCAACUCGGGCAACUUGCUCUCAGCAUGCUACAAUUCUAUGGACUUCAACUCUACCAAUUGUACAUCUUCGGAUCAGUUUUUAUUGAACCCGGAUUUUUAUGUUAUUCUGCCCGUCUUCUACUCAGUGAUUUGCGCUGUAGGUUUGACCGGCAACACAGCGGUCAUUUACGUGAUUCUAAAAGCCCCCAAAAUGAAGACAGUCACUAAUCUGUUCAUCCUGAACUUGGCGAUCGCGGACGACCUGUUCACGUUGGUUCUCCCCAUCAAUAUCGCGGAGCAUCUCUUGCAGUACUGGCCGUUUGGUGAGGUGCUGUGCAAAAUCAUUCUCUCCAUAGACCACUAUAACAUCUUCUCAAGCAUUUACUUUCUCACUGUGAUGAGCGUGGACCGCUACCUCGUUGUCUUGGCUACGGUGCGAUCGAAGCGGACGCCGUUCCGAACGUACAGAGCGGCCAGAAUCAUCAGCCUCUGCGUCUGGGUUUUGGUCAUUCUCAUCGUCUUGCCCUUCACCGUGUUUGCCGGCGUCUAUAUAAACCCCGAUGACACGGAAAGGAAGAGCUGCGUCCUGAGUUUCCCUAGUCCGGAAAGUUUGUGGUUCAAAGCCAGUAGGAUUUACACACUUUUACUGGGUUUCGCCAUACCCGUAUCUACCAUUUGCCUCUUGUACGCGAUAAUGCUUUACAGACUGAGAAACAUGCGCUUGAAUUCCAACGCGAAGGCGUUAGAUAAAGCGAAGAAAAAGGUGACCGUCAUGGUGUUCAUAGUGUUGGCAGUGUUUCUGUUCUGCUGGACCCCGUUCCAUCUCAGCACCAUCGUGGCUCUCACCACCGACCUCAGGACAACUCCUUUUUUGAUCGGAAUAUCUUAUUUUAUCACCAGUUUGAGCUAUGCUAACUCAUGCCUAAAUCCCUUCCUUUAUGCUUUCCUGGAUGAUAGUUUUAGGAAAGCAUUCAAAAAAAUGCUAGAAUGUAGACCUGCUUGAACUUCUGGAAGAAGAGAAUGAAACUGCAGUAAAAAAUAAUAAUAACUUGUCUUGACAAUUACCUUGACACUUUUGAACACAAACAAAUUUUAAUUAAUUUCUCGUUUUAUUUUUAUGUACUUUUAAUAUGAGUCUUGCUCUUUUUGUUUAAUCACGUGUUACACGAAUUAAAAUGGGAAAGCUUUAUUCGUCAUGAUGAAUGUAAGGGUUUGUCUCCCCCUCGUGUUCAAUGAGAGGCAACAGAACUGAGGAGGUGAACUCGAGUUUGAACAACGAAACGACACAAAUCUGUAUAAUACAAAAAGUAUAGGCCUACAACUGCCGCCAUAAAACUAUGUAUAUCAUAUAUUUUUUAUUAUGCCACUGUAUCACUUUUAAAGGUGUUAUGUAUGUUGUAUUUUAAGUAUUCCUGUAAUUAUAUUAUUCAAGAUCAGUUAAUGAGUUAAUGAAAUUCUUCCAUUGAUC